CCCGGCAUGUACCUCUUCUACAAGUACAGCCAGUACCGGCGGCAGCAGCAGGAGCAGAACCGCCGCAAGGUCACCGAGCGCGAGCUGCAGCACCUCAACCACAAGAUCGACAAGCUGCUGACCAAGCUGGAGGAGAACGAGCCGGAAAUGGCCACGUCGCAGGAGGAUGAGUGCGUGAUCUGCGUGAACGCCAAGGCGACGAUGCAGACGUCGCCAUGUGGGCACCGGGUGGUGUGCCGCAAGUGCUUCGUCAAGACCAUCCAGAUGGCGGUCUCGCAGCGCCUGCUGCCGCUGCGCUGCGUCAUCUGCAGGGCCAAGAUCCUGCGCCUCAAGCAGAGCGGCGGUGGUGGCGGGGGCGGCUCCGGCUCGCUGCACCACCACCACCAUCACCACCACCACCCGCACCACCCCCAGCAGCAGCCGCAGCACCAGCAGCAGCAGCACCCCGCGGCCUACGGCGCCGGCCUGCCUUGGGGCGUCAUGCCCAGCUCCGCGUCGCAGUACUCGGUCGGCAGCUCCGUGCCCAACUCCGAGUCGCUCUACUCCAUGACAUCGGGCUCGUCUUCCCUCUCAGGUGUGUCUUCCGUGAGUUCUGCGACGACGAGUAGUGCAGGCAGCAGCGGCAGUGGCGGCGGAGGCCUGGGGAAGGCCGGCAAGGCGGGAGCGGCGGGGGCGGCGGUGGCAGUUGCGGCGGCGGCGCGCGUGGGGCUCGGCUUCCCGCGACAACCCACCGGAUCUUUGCGGCGCUCGCAGGCGCACUCCAUGAAGCUGCGGCUGCAGGAUUACAAAGAGCCCGCGGCGCGCCCGGUCCGUGAGCCCGAGCACCGCCUGCCGCCCAUCAAGGAGUUCCAGCGGGAGUUCCGCGCCUGCAAGGAGCGCACCGCCUCCUCCUCCUCAACCAGGAUACGAUGCGCACAAAAAAUUGUCACUCAGUUGGAGACUACACCUGUGAAUAGAACCUCAAAGUCUAGUUAUUUCCGUUCACCUCUGAAACCUGCCAAUAAGGAGGACAAAAGGAGAAGUGAAAAGUGGAAAGAUGAAAGGAAAAAAGAAGACCGAAAAGACAAUGAAGAAAAUUUGGAAAACAAGAAGAAGGAAGAAAAGAUGAAUAAGAAGGCAGAGAAAAAAGAAGCGAAGCUGGAGAAGAAAGCUGAUAAGAAAGAGGAGAAAAAAGAAGCUAAAGCUGAGAAGAAGGAAAAGACAGAAAAGAAAGAAAAUAAAAAGGAAGCUAAGGCUGAAGCAAAGGAAAGCAAGAAGGCAGCAAAGGCAGAAAAGAAGAAAGAAAAAUCCAAGGCAGAGAAAAAAGAAAAAGAUUAGUUACAAAAUAGAUUAAAGAAAGACUUUUGAAUUUUAGAGAUAGAUAUUCGAGUGAGUAAUUUACUUGUAUAAAAUUUUUACAUCUAGUUUUAUUUUUAAUGACUAAUGCUCAUAUGUAUUGAAAAACCUCCUUAUCAGUCUAAAUCCCAUAGACGAAACAGCAUCAGGGAAGAUUUACUUCAAUAUAAGGUCAUUUUAUAAUAGUCAGGAAACAAUUUUAUCAGAAUUUUUGCACAAGUGAAGACUAAAAUUUAAUAAUUAGUGUUUAAAAAAUUGAUUUCUCCUAUUUAUAACAGAAAUUAGAAAUUUUUUGGUUUAUAUUGUCCCUGAAAUCAUAUAUCUGUGCCGUUCAGUCAUCUGUAAGAGGUUGUUUAUCAAGUAUUUUACUUCCCAUAGUCCUUUUUAUGUGACUCACAAGUUAAAAACGGAGCCAACUAAGGAAUACAAGAACAAUAUUGCUGCAGAAGAAAAAAUUAUUAUGAUGCAUAUCAUUAUGUCUCUCUUUCUACUGAAUGUAGGUACAUACUAGAAAU